UACAAAGCGACUGUACGUUUCACUGCAUUAUACAGCGUAAGCCACCGUCACUCAGUUCAGUCAUCUGAACCGAAACUCCCGCCUCUGAGAUGGCAACUUCCUCUUUAUCAACAGUUCAGUCCUCAAUUAAUCACAAGCCACUUCGAUUAUCACCACAACGAGUCUCACCUAAACUCGAUUUUAUUAGAAUUCCACAAAAUCACAAAAUCUACUGCGGCUACUCUUGCUUUGAGGUUAAGGAUGUUAGCUAUAGACCUCCAGGGACUGAGCUUAAUCUCUUAAAUAAAGUUACCUUUUCGCUUCCAGAGAGAAGUUUUGGCUUGAUUUUUGGUCAAAGUGGGAGUGGAAAAACUACUCUUUUGCAGCUUCUUUCCGGGAUAAGCAAACCAACGUCAGGUUCGAUUUGUGUUCAAAGAUAUGGGAAUGAUGGAAAUCCAAACCAAUUGCCUGAACAGCUCUCUCCUGAAAAAGUUGGUAUUGUCUUUCAAUUUCCCGAGAGGUACUUUGUGGCUGACACUAUUGCUGAUGAAGUUACAUUUGGGUGGCCAAGGCGAAAGAGCAGCGUUCAAUUAAGGGAGCAUCUUGCUUUGAAUCUGCAAAGAGCUGUAAAUUGGGUUGGAUUGAAUGGGAUCUCAUUGGAUAAAGAUCCUCACUCGCUAAGUGGUGGAUAUAAACGUCGGCUUGCCCUGGCUAUUCAAUUGGUUGAAGUCCCUGAUCUGUUGAUAUUGGAUGAGCCUCUUGCUGGUCUAGAUUGGAAGGCACGUGCAGAUGUUGUAAAGCUUUUGAAGCACUUGAAGAAGGAAUUGACUAUCCUUGUUGUCAGUCAUGAUCUCAAAGAGUUAGCAGCUCUAGUUGAUCAUUCCUGGAGGAUGGAAAUGGGCGGAUUUCUGAGGGAAGAGCUCCUUCCAGUGUAACCUUGAAGUGGACUAUUGCCUACCUUACCACAUUUUAUGCUAUGAGGUACCAGCCCUUGUAUUCAACCUCCAGCCAUUUUUCUUAAAGCUUAAAAUGCAUUUAGGCAUGAAGGUUUCUUGGAUCCUAGGCUCAAGGUGAAUACUUACUGUAGUUCAUAUAUACAUGUAAUAAUGUAAACAAAAAUAUUAAUUUUAAGAAGAAAAUAAGAAAAACAUUAAUAGCCCUGAUGUUUGUUUCUUAUUUUGUAAUAGAUUAAUUAGAAAAUGAAUAAUUUUUUAACUUUGAUUCUAUCAGAAUAGAAUAGAGAGAUAAUAAGCUAGCAAAAUAACAAAAUAAUAUAUAUAUUUUUUCCUUCUUAGCAUCAAUUAUGUCAUUAAAAUAUGACCAUCAUUAACUAAGAGAGGGUGAAUGAUUUCGCUAAGCAGUAAAAGAAAGUAAUAAAAACAAUAGUAUAAUAAUUAAAAAGAAUAAAAAAUCAUUUGUACGAAAGUCAAAUUCUUUUGUCCAAACAAACCAUACCUUUUCAAAUUGACGUAUUCUCUUUUGUUUUUCUUUCACAAUUAGUUUGGUUUUUUUAGUGAAUAAAUUUGACAAAAAUAGUUAGUGGAUUGACAUGUCAUAUCAGUAAAAGGUUUCCUCCCACUCUCUCAAGUAAAUAAAUAGAAGUCACAUGGGUAGUACAAAGGUAUAUUAAAAAUCAAACUACAGAAGCUAGAAACAUAACAUACAAGAAGUUUAAUUAGGCAUGAGUUUUGUGCUUCUUUGUAAGUCCCUAGGCAUGUGCUUCUUUGUAAGUCUCUUGCUUAAUGCAUGCUGGAUUUCCUGGCUUUUACCCUUAAAAUCCCUUUCCAUCACAGAUUAGUGCCUUGUGCAUCAGGCAUGCCUUUGGUGCUUUUUCUAACACUACCUCCAACAGUUUGGAAUUCGAUGCGUUUUCAAAACUAUCUGCUCAAUAUCAUAUUCGAUUCUAAAUAGAUUGUUUAACGAUUUUGAUUAGAUGAGUUUUGGUAGGUGAAUUGUGGAAACUCGAAUGUUGAGUUUCCAGCCCAAAUUUGAGGUGUAUGACUCCAUAAAAACAGGAAAUAGUUGAUUUGAGGGGCAUUGUAAUACAAAUAGUUUGCAUGGGCUUGACAGUGGCCUUGGGACCAAUAUACACCGGCUCGCUUUGUGAAAAGAAAAGGACUGAUUACUAGUUUACUCCAAAAGAGAACUUAGAUUUCAAUUUCUUCCGUUAGUACAGAACCGUGCAAUGUUACAGUUGAACAAUGAGAAAUGUUUCAGUGCUACCCUUCCAUAUACUAUCGCAUCUUUUUAACAUC